AUGAAAAAAUUUUCUUCAAUUCAACGAUAUCAGACUGAAAAAGCAAUUAUUGAUGCUCUUUUAAAAAUAUCUGAGAUCAUUAAAAAAACAACUAAUAUAAAUCAAUUUUCAAAGAAAACAACAGGUGAUGGUGAUAAAAAACAACAAAGAUAUAAAUAUGAUUAUGCAGAGAUACAUGAUGGACCAAUACCACCUCCUAUGCGUACGUUCGAGUCCUAUAUCUCAGGUUUCAAUCAACGAUAUGCAAUACCUUCAUUACAGCGAUCAUCGAAUUUUAAUCGAGCACCAAUUCUACUGUGGAAUUCACGAUCACACGAUAAACAAUACUAUUCAGUAUCAAAAAAAAGAAUUAGUAAUGAUUAUUGUGAUCGAGAAUUGGCUCAUAAACAACGUCGUUAUAAUAAGUUAUCACCAUCAAUAUCUUCAUUGUCGGAUAAUUAUUAUCGAAAAAAGUCAUUAAGACAUCAUCAUUCAAAACAAAAAUUAUCUCGAGCCAACAAAAGACAACGAAUCAAUUGUGCAUGUCAUGCUUCAUAUGAUGAUAAUGAGUAUAGUGCAAGUGAUUGUUAA